UAUUCUCAAUAUUUGAAUGCAGAAUCUAAAGAUGAACUCUGUGACGAAUUCUUUGCUGCUCUGGAUAGAAAUCACUAUUUUGGGAUUGUUGGGCUUGAUGAUCCAGAGCAACUGGAGAAAGCAAGUUGCUUAUUUGAUAAUGCUUUUAUGGAGAUGGAAAGAUCCAGUUGCCACCAGCUUAGUUUGAAGAACAUGGCUGAAUCACUAAAAUCACUAGGUAACAAGGCUAUGCAAUCUAAGAAAUACUCUGAUGCAAUUGACUUGUAUAAUGCUGCCAUUGCACUCUAUGAAAAGAGUGCUGUCUACUACUGCAACAGAGCAGCUGCUUACACUCAGAUUAACAAAUAUACAGAAGCAAUCCAAGAUUGUAUUAGAUCUAUCGAGAUCGAUCCAAACUACAGCAAGGCAUACAGUCGUCUGGGUAUGGCUUAUUAUGCACAAGGAAAUUACAGAGACGCUAUUGAAUUAGGAUUUAGAAAAGCUUUGCAGUUGGAUCCAAAUAAUGAGACUGUCAAAGAAAAUAUACGGGUAGCCGAGGGUAAGUUGUCAGAAGAGAUACACCAUGCAUAUCAGCAUCACAACCAGAAUCCAAGACCAUCUCAAGAAUUUCCAAACCUAUCUGCACGAGGAUCAAGAAGCCAAGCAGCACCACCUCCAUUUUCCUCUGUGCCAUUUAACCCGAAUGAUCUUGCAAACAUGUUCAUGAACAUAGCCGGGAACGCUACGCAGCAGGGGUCACAUUCUGUGGAAAGGCAAGAAGAUACCAAUAAUAGUGGUGGAGCUAGUGAACCUGAAAUAAGGAUUGGGGGCAAUAUUAGUGUAAACCUUGACCAAAUGCCUGAGAAUCUAACAGGGGCCUUCCAAUCUAUGAUGGAAAUGUUAUCUGGGUCUGGGGUUGUACCCCCUGGACAACCACAAGAUCAUAUGAAUGGAAGAAAUAGAACAGCACCAAACUAGGCUACUUCAGCAUUAUGAGACUGUAAAGACUUGCAAAAUUGUUACAUUUUUUUGCUGUUUAAUUUUUUGAACAAGAUUACAGCAUUAACUAACAAGGUUGUCGCCUAUAGAGCUUUUGAGGCCCUAUCCUUUAGGGAAACAGAAAUACAGAAUUAAUUUUCAUUGAUGCAAUAUCCUUGCUUUUUUCGGUUAUGAAGUUUAUGGAUUUGGACGAGUGAUGAUUUACUAAGGGGCAUAGUUAUUGUAGCCAAGUUCAGGUUAUUUCUUACAAAUUUUUGUUGUGUAUGCUGUGAAGCAAAGGAUUUUUUUGUCUCAUCCUUUAAGAAAGGUUUCAAGUUGAAGGAACGGUGUGGCUGCUGCAGUCUUAUAGUCUGAAUCAUGUAGUAUCUGGCAAUUAAGUGAAUUUAUUUGCAAAAUCUUGUACAUGUAAGUUCAAUAUAUUAUGAUUUU